GAAGAAUGGAGCCUUUGGCGCAGGAGCUAUCGGCGGCAGCAUGCCGUUAUCGUCGAAUAAACUAGGCGCAUUCAACGCCUCAGAUGCAGCAGCGCGAGUUGGCAGCAGCGCGAGUGCGAGUCGAGGUGCCUCCGCGGCUUCAUCGGCAGCGGGCGGCAGUCCUUUCGAGCCGCGGUCUCCUGGGUCUUUAGGAGCUGAACGAGGAGCUCAGAUGCACGCAUCGAUCGGUCCAGUCGGACUCUCGGGUGUUAUGGCACAGGACGUCGGUGUUUUUCCGAACCUUUUGUCUGUUGAACUUUUCGUUGACACAUCUGCGGUUGCAAUCGACCCUCCAGUGAUCGGUGGACCGGAUCGAUGUGGCAGCGUCUUUCUGAGCAACGUGCGUUGAUUAAACUUCUCGUUUUUAUAAUCGGUCAUGAAAGUGUGUGUCUUGCAAUAGUACUACUGAUUCUUGCAUGACCGCUACAGACUAAUGACUUUCUAUUGAGUUAUGCAACUGCGACGGUAUACGAGUAAUAUAAAUAUUAGUUCCAGAUCAGCUCUUCCUUUCGCUCAAAGUCAAACUUGUAACUUAUUUCAUCUCACAUUUCAGGUUUCCGAUGUUGUGACAUCGAUGUUUGAGCAGGACCAGUUGUUUGUUCCGAACUAUCUCAUCAGUCAGCCUGGGAAUAGAGUCUACGGUCUUCAAAACUCCGAGUUCUCCAAGGACAUGCUUGAUGCAUCGACCGAAUCCGUAUGGAUCGACGCCUUUUUCUUCCUCGAGCGUGGUCACUUGCCAAGGGCAUUGUUGGACGCGAAAGCGAAAUUGUGCAAAAUGUCUUUUGUAGGGCUUCGCUUCGAGAGCCACGAAACGCGUCCACGCUACGUUCGGCUGCUGGUGCAGGUAUCCAAACGUCUUUGCGCUUCCAGCCCGCGCUACUUUCUAUCCAGCAGUCAUCCGGGAUUGGUGGUUGCGGACCCAGCGAAGCAAGAUGAUGCUGCAGCGCGCGUAGCGGAACAGGAUAUCCAACCCCCGGGACUGGAUGACGUCGACUUUAGUGAACUCUUCGCAAACCCCUCCGCUGGUAAAACAGAUACAGAGGGUGUUGCUGGAGGCGGGACGGAUUCGAAUAGCGCAGGAGCAGGACUACACCACAAUCUGCGACUGAACCAACAAAGUGGCGCCUUCGGGAUAAGCGGAAUGGGCUCCGGUGCCGGCUCCAGUCCUGGGCCAGCAGUGCAGCUUCCGGGCUCAAUAGGCUCGCCGCUUUCCUUCCGUCAAGGCGCACCGGUGAGUCCAGUUUUCAUGCGCGGAUCGGUGGCAAUGCAGACGGAGGGAGGCGCCGCCGCUUGUAGCAGCGCUGCCUCAAGUGCCGGACCAGUGCGCAUGCGAGAUGUCGAUCUGAAGCCCGCAAACGAUGGGAGGGUAUAUUGUUAGACUCAAUGCUGCUCUAUCGCGUCAUUUAGUUAGAUAUUUUUAUCUAUGUUAUAGAUGUAUAUCAAAAAUACUUAUAUUUGUUGAGUGUUCAACAGGAGUAGACUUAUGGUCUUAGAUGUACAGGAGGAGGAAUCACAGGGAAGAUAGAUGUACGGCCUAGAUAUAUACGUCUGAGAUGUAUCAGCGGAGAUAUAUAUGCUCUACGGAAAUCAUAAAAGAGAUGCACGCUUGAGAUGUACUGGCACCGAGGUGAUUCGUGAAGCUUUUGCGUUAUUCCAUAUUUCUGAGAUGUUCGGGAAUCAUGGGAGCGAUGUACUUGCACGCGUAUACAUCUCCGCCGUAAAUUUUCUUUGAUUUUGCGUGCAUCUUUUACGUUAUCCUGUUCCUGAGAAGCAUUUUGGCAGUAGGUGCCGAAGUUGUAUAUUCAAAACGUAUCAGCUUGUAGCACGUAACUGCUGCACUUCCGCCGUGCUCUGUUAUUCUUCACGUGGCUCGUAGCUGUGCGCCGCUAGGCCGUAGACCUUUAACGUAGUUUGUAGCAUUUGUAGGACCCUUCCGCCCUGCCCCUGCGUGCACCCGCCGGGGGACGUGGGCGGUAUCCCUUAUCGCGUAUCUAUGAUUGAUUUACCUAGACGGAGACGGAGACGUCGAAUUUCUCGGGACCCAAAAGCCACUCUCAACUUGUACUCUCGUCUUGACCAGGAUCUGCCGCUGCCUAAUUUUCUCGGUGGCGCUUCUCCUGUCGCUGCAAGUCCUCAGGGUGUUGAUCCCCACGUCCCUGACUUUUCAGCGAUGCUGACGGCUGAGCCUAUUCGACGGUUUAAUCGUUUAGGCGGUCUCGAUCAAGGUCGUUCACGCUCUCCCUCAGUGGACGGCGGUCGUUUCUACGCCGAUGCUAGUAGAGGUAGUGCUUACGGGGGAUCUUCAUCUUCUAGUGGCGGAAGUGCUCGUCCCCCGGCAUCGCUCGUGAAAAACUUGCUUUUCGGCGUCAGUCCGUGGUCGUUCCACGGCCUUGAGGCUCUACAAGAGCUUGCUCGAAGUCUUCACCCUCUUCCGGACAAGUUUUUUCUGUACAGAAAGUCACUGUCGCGACUGCGACCAAAGAGCGGAAGCCAAAGUCCUGCAAGAAGUCCCACAGAAGGUGGAGGAAGUUCUCUGUUCGGCGGUCUGCAAGAGCCAAGGAGCCCUCCAGCCGGGCAAAAUUUUCCUAGCGCGGAUCCCAGUGGAGGAACAUCGGAAGGAGGACACGACCAGCAGCAGCCCAGACGUAGCUCAUCACCUGGGACUUUUGGCGGGGCAAUGAACAAACUUGCACCUCCGGCACCCCCCGUGGCUUUUCGACCCCAACCGUCAGGAGUAACACGUGGCAGAGUGCGACUCCGUGCAAAAUGGAAGAAAAAAAUUUUCUCGGCAAACGAAUUGCGCGUGAAGGCACGGCGGCGACUCGACAUUGCACUCGCCUGGCAAGACCGUGCGUGCGGGCUUUUCGAUUCGUGGGUGUACCUUCUGAAGCAUUGCCUCCUUGAACUGGACACGAUUAUCGGUGUCUCCGACGUUGGGAACAGCGGCGCAAACUUUGCAGCACUUCAGGAAAUGUGGGGCCAGUGGGUGCUGACGAUGCGUGUAGACGUCCUGGAGUCACGUACCUCUGUUCUUCCCAUCUUCCCUGAAGUUCAGCGCGCGUGCAUUAGCAGCACCAUCGCGCACUUAGACUCGUUUGCGAUCCCUACCUACGACGAGGACCGGCUGCGAGAGUGGCUACGCGUAGCCACACAGUGUCGGUCGCUGCUCGAAAGUCUCUGUCUACUGGCGCAGAACGUCUGGCUGCAUGCAACUGCGACAAACAAGCAGCCCCACUGGCCACACUUCGCUUUUGGUGAAGACGAUCCCUACCGGAUACCGAGAGUUGAGGAGUUAGAAAGAUCAUGAUACUUUCUUCUAUUUUCGUUUUCGGUUACGUACAUUACUUCAGGGUGCAGUUUGAUUGGAUUUGGAGAUGGUAUGGUGUUGUACACCAACACCAGACACAGCCGCAAUCACAGAAAGCAUGUUGAUAGUACCAAACAAGAUUCGUAUCUAAUUUGUUUUUAGGUUUAGCUUCGUUUUUGCUUUAAUGAGAUGUUACUACAUGAAUAUCAAACUAUGCGGGGGGAAUUUUUACUUCUAGAUGGACGUAAUCUGAGAUUUGAUAACUCGCGGGUGCGCUGCAAUUGUGAUGGUUUUUCCGCUGUCUGCUUCAUUGAGUUUAUUUAGCACGUGGGAGGGAUGAAUGUCGCAGAAAUCGCACGCACAACGUCACUCUACUUGUGCGUUGUGUGCUACUGCUUGAGUUUGUGAUAAAGUGGGAUGUUAAUACGACCCGCCAAAAUGUACUAUCUAUUGCGCCUGUGCCGAGUCAGCC